ACAGACGCCAUUAUCACAGACGGAACUUUACCGGUAACAGUUAAAUCACCAUGUCAAAGCAGAAUGUAUUUUUCGACAUAGAUAUUGGUGGUUCAGCUGCUGGGAGAAUUGUCAUGGAGUUAAGAGGAGAUGUUGUUCCCAAAACAACUGAAAACUUUCGAGCGCUUUGUACUGGCGAGAAAGGCUUUGGAUUCAAGGGCUCGUCGUUUCAUCGUGUUAUCCCCGACUUCAUGUGCCAAGGCGGAGAUUUCACUCGUGGGAAUGGGACCGGAGGAAAAAGUAUCUACGGAGAAAAGUUUGCCGACGAAAACUUCCAGCUGAAACAUACUGGCCCUGGAAUUUUGUCGAUGGCUAAUGCCGGUCCGAACACCAACGGAUCUCAGUUCUUUUUGUGCACUGCGAAAACGUCUUGGCUGGAUGGAAAGCACGUGGUGUUUGGAUCUGUUACAGAGGGGAUGGAUGUUGUGAAGAAAGUAGAAGCGGUCGGAUCACAAAGUGGAGCAACAUCAAAAAAAGUUAUUAUUAGUAAUUGUGGUCAGUUAUAGGAACUCUGACAUUAGCAAUGUGCACGGAAAACGAUGAAAUCGACUUUCUUCAAUGACCGGCAAAUAUUUCUCAGGCUUUUGUUGGAACUGUUAUUAACCAGCGAGUGACUUCUCUUGACUGAAAGUGCUUACUCUGUGGACUUAUUUUGUUUAUUUCGCGACUUUCAUAAUUGAUCGUUGUCCAUGUUUUUUCCGUUUUUUUCUCACCUAGGAACGUAACGUGUGGUGCAAGAAAACGUUAAAGCACAGGUGUCUGUAGUUAAAGUAACAUGAUCUAUAUCUCGCUGUAGCCACAUAAAAAGUGUUUCUUUUUCAUGUAGAAAAUAAAAAAAAAGAUUUGAAAACCAU